AUGUCAGUUAGCAAACGACAGCCGACGCUUCUCUCCGGAGGGAAACCGGUCUGAUCUCCUCAGAUUAUCAACCGGCUCUUGCUUCAAUUAUCUAUUUCAUUGGGUAAUUGAUAUUUUUCAACGAAUUCAUGAUAUCUAGUAUCACCAGCGAUCCGAAGGAGCCAGCCAUGGAGUCAGCUAUCAUGAACUUGGAGCAGAGUGUUCACAGGGCUAAUGGGAAAUUAGCGUCGAUCACUUGGAAAAUUGAGGCAUUCGAGAAGGAAUUCCCGGAUCCGGACAAUGAGUUGUCAGUGCUCACGCUAAUUCGAUCAGUGGCUCAGGUGAAGGACGAGUACCAGAGCCUUCGCCAGGAGAUUCUGGAAGUCCAGCAACUCCAGAAACAACUGACCGACUCCUUGAAAGCUCAGGUAUCCCAAGUACAGGGUCACUUCAAUGUCCUUCGAGAUCGGAUCGUGGGCCAGAAAAAAUUGCCCCAACUAAAAUGAAAAUACUCCCAGUAGAAAACCCCGGGAUGUUCGCGCCUUGUAUUUAUUUCCCUCAAUUUCGAACCGUUUCGCCAAUUUUUUUGAGAAUUCUAGGAAAUGGGAACCCUGAUUAACUGAGAUUAUUUCGCAGGGUAUAUAAAUAUGUAUAUUUUUUAGAAAUACUUUUAAUUAAUCUUUAUAAAGUUAGUUAGCCGCCAUUAAAUCAUUCAUUUUGAUAAUUAACAUGUGUUCAUGUAACGUGCAUGCUCGAUCACUUAGUGAAUGCAUAAUCAAAAAAUCAUAAAUUUUGUCUAACGAGAUCCAUUAAUUUAUUAGAUAACUCGAGAUGAACUACGAAUUAACAAGUACGAUAAUCAAAUAACUCGAUUUAACUCCCUGAUAGAAUCAAAACUAAUAAUAUCUUGAAAUUAAGAGAGUAUUGAGAUUGCAACGAGUAAAGACUAGAGUGCAAGAAGGAACAAUUAUAAAAAUAAAAGUCCAUGGACUAAUUGGAGAGUACGAGGGGAUUAAGUAAAUUGGGACAGAGGAAGCUGACAAUUGCCUUAAGAAUCAGUACGAGAUUUUAAUCUCCAAUUGUGUCAAGGAAACUGGAAUAUCAUCAUUCUUCCAAGCACAUUCGCACAUUAACGAACAAAAACUUCCUCCAGAAAUAUUUAUACUAGCGAUAAGAGACUAAUGACCAAAUAUACGUGAUCUAUACUAUUCUGUAGGCAAAGAAUCUGUGCACAACUAGAAUUUGUCUAUUACAUCUCUGUACACUUUACUGUUACUAGACAAUAGCAUUUAGUCGUCAAGGAAAU